AUGGUCAAAAUUGCCAACCUAGGAAGCAGCUUCUCCGCUGGCCCUGGCAUUCCUCCCCAGAUAAACACAGCAGCCAGUCGUUCCGGCGCAAAUUUCGCACACCUACUUGCCGAACGUCUACAUGCAGAUCUAACAGAUCUGAGUGUCUCUGCAGCUACACUUCUAAACUUACUAGACACACCACAAGUCGCCAACGGUCACACAUUUCCACCUCAAAUCCAGGGCGUUCCCGAGGAUGCAGAUAUUGUGCUUGUACUGGGCGGCGGCAAUGAUAUGUCCUAUAUUGGAGGCUUGUUUAUGGAACAUACAUGGUUGAUGACGGCUAUGUCUGUGGUAAAUCGUGUUAAGGGUGUUGCAUCACCAACGAUACCGAAACCUGCAGACGAAGAAGAGGUUAUCAGACGAUUUGGAAAAGUCCUUGAUGCUGUUCAUGCCAAAGCCCCAAAAGCACGCGUUAUCGUCAUCGAAUAUCUGACACUACUUGGAUCUGAUGUCAAGGCUGGAAUCGACGUCCCCUUCAAUGCAGAGAGACUGAAGCAUCACCAGGCAGUUGCAGCCAGACUCCAGAGCGCCACGAGCAAAGCCGUCGAGUCUCGGUCAGAGUGGUGUGAACAGAUACCAAUGGCUGAAUUGAGCCAAAGUCAUGGGAUUGGCAGUGCAGAGCCAUGGGUGUUCGGUUGCACGGCGAUGGAACAGUUGAGAGGCCAAACCUGGUAUCAUCCCAACGGCCAAGGCAUGAAAGCUGUUGCAGAAAUCUUGUUCGAACGUCUUAGGAAGGACCGAAGCGGCCUGAGUAAGAUCUAG